GUGUGUGUGUGUGAGUGAGUGAGUGAGUGCACGAGCGAGCGAGCGUGUGAGUUGCCGGAUCGGUUUCUCGGGGUUUGACCAGUUGUCCCAGGCUAACCCUGCUCUCUGAAGAUGGAGGAAGUAAAAAACAGGAUUACCCUUAGCUACAGAUCCACUGCCUUAGUUUCCAUAACCAACUGCGGGGCGCAAACACACGAUCGCUAAGCCUAGGAAAGAAACCGAGAAAGGAAAAGACUCAUUAACAAAACAAACAAACCGGGAGGAUGGUGGAAUUGUUUCCCUACGCGCAUUGCUAAGCACUGCACUUUGAUUAUGGAAGUGGAGGCUACUGAUGGAUACCUGCCCUGUGACCAUGACCUUUCACCUGAAAGGGAACACUCCAAUGUGGCGAUUGACCUUACUUCAAGCACACCCAAUGGGCAACAUACCUCACCAAGUCACCUGACAAGCACAAAUUCCAUAAAGCGGGAAAUGCAAAGCGAUGAUGAGGAUUCUAACAGAAAGCGUCUAAAGCGGGAAGAUGGGAUCAUUGGGCAGGAUGAAGGGAGCAGUUUGGAAGAGCCCCUGAUUGAAAACCAGGAGAUUGGGGAGAACAGAAAAAUGCAGGAGCUGUCAGGCGAGGGAGGAAUCCGGCUUCCGAAUGGUAAACUGAAAUGUGACGUCUGUGGCAUGGUUUGCAUUGGGCCCAAUGUGCUUAUGGUACAUAAAAGGAGUCACACUGGUGAGCGUCCCUUUCACUGUAACCAGUGUGGAGCUUCCUUCACCCAAAAGGGGAACCUACUGAGGCACAUCAAAUUACACUCCGGAGAAAAACCAUUCAAAUGUCCCUUUUGUAGUUAUGCCUGCCGAAGAAGGGAUGCUCUCACAGGACACCUCAGGACACACUCUGUAGGUAAACCUCAUAAAUGUAACUACUGUGGACGAAGCUACAAACAGCGCAGUUCUUUGGAGGAACACAAGGAACGCUGUCACAACUACCUUCAAAAUGUCACCAUAGAGGCCACGGGGCAAGUGAUAAGUCAUCAUGUCUCUACUAUGGAAGAUUAUAAGGAGCAAGAAGCUGGGAUGGACAACAAUGUUACUCUGGUGCCUUUUGAAAGACCUGCUGUUAUAGAGAAGCUGACAAGCAACAUGGGAAAGCGUAAAAGCUCCACCCCACAGAAGUUUGUGGGUGAAAAGCUCAUGAGAUAUGGUUAUCCAGAUAUUCAUUUUGAUCCAAGCUUACCAUAUGAGAGAGAUGCUGAGCUGAUGCAGACCCACAUGAUGGAUCAAGCAAUCAACAAUGCGAUCUCUUACCUUGGGGCAGAGGGACUUCACCCAUUGAUGCAGCACACUCCAAGCACAAUUGCUGAUGUGGCACCUGUCAUAAGUUCAUCUUAUGCUCAGGUCUAUAAUCCAAGCAGGAUAGAAAGACCAGUAAGCAGAGGAACCACUGAUAGCAAUGAAAAUAACAUGGAUGGCCCUCUCUCCCUCAUCAGACCAAAGAGUCAUCCCCAAGAAAGAGAGGCUUCCCCUAGCAAUAGCUGCCUCGAUUCCUCUGACUCAGAGAGCAGCCACGAAGACCACCAGUCCUUUCAAGGAAACCUUGCCUUAAAUCCCAAACGAAAGCAAAGUCCAGCUUACAUGAAGGAUGAUUCCAAGGCUUUGGAGGUCAGUAAAGCAUCAAAGGGCUCUUUAAAGGAUAUCUAUAAGGUCUUCAAUGGAGAAGGAGAGCAGAUAAGGGCAUUUAAGUGUGAACACUGUCGAAUUCUUUUCCUGGACCAUGUCAUGUACACCAUUCAUAUGGGGUGUCACGGCUACCGGGACCCCCUAGAAUGCAACAUUUGUGGAUACCGGAGUCAGGACCGAUAUGAGUUCUCUUCCCACAUUGUCCGAGGAGAACAUACAUUCCACUAAGCCUUCUUUUCCAAAGGAGACACUGAAGUAGAAAAACAAACACUGCACAUGAAGAAAUACUGCACUUGCAAGCCCACUUUUCCUCAGAUGUUGACACAGCUCUUCUCGUUGGUUCUCUUCCUUGCAGCUAUUUUUAAUUAAUGUUGUUUUUGUUGUUGCUGUUUUGGGGAUCCAGUCUCACCUUACCACCAGUGGUGAGGUGAGAAGGAAGAAAAGGAGGGACCAGAGAGUAGUUUGGCUUAUUGUUUUUGCUAUGAAAAUGGAUGUUGCCCUUUCAUGGUGGAAAGUGAAAGGGAGUUGAUUUCUGUCACAAUUUUCAUAUAGUUUUUUACAUGCUGAACUCAGCAAGGUGCUCUGACAUCUUAGCAAAUUGCCGUUUGGGGAGAGAAUAAUAAUUUCAAAAGAAUAAAGCCCUUUUAAAUAUGUAGCUAAAAUUUUGUUCAGGAUGGGACAUGAAAUUCUUAUUUUGCAAAAAUCCUAGCAAAAGGGGUGUGCUUAGGGGCAGGGAGAGGUUUCACUUAAGACUAAAUAUGUUCUACAGAUUUAGGAGCACCAAUAAAUAACAAGGUUUGCUUGAACGUUAUUUCCUGAGGUGAGGUUCUUAUAAGGUAUUGGUUGUCUUGAAUGUAAAUGAAUUUAUAUCUAAAUGCUAAAUUACAUAACUGAUAUUUGAUUUUUUCAUGGGAUGUGACAUCCUCCAGGAAAUCUGAAAACAUAAAAUGUUAUUUUACUUAUCCCAAUAUGCACUUUUAAAAAAGAAAGAAAAUUGCUAGGAUCCUUUUAUGCCACUCAUUUCCCAGCUUCCUAUAGGUCUGUGUAUUUUUUUAAAAUUGUUAGGUGAUUAACAAUUGGAGUCUGGGUAUGUUUACUCAAAAAUAAGCUUCACCUGGUUCAGAAGGAGUUUAUUUCCUAGUAAAUAUUCUUAGUUUAGAAAUACAGAUAUGAAUAUUUAUCUAGCAGGUUUUGCUGCUUUAGAAUCUCAAAUAUGCUUAUUACAAAUGCAUUUGAACUAUGAAAUACUUAUAUUUUAUUUUCUUUUUACUUUUUGUGGUAUGAAGCAUUAAGAAACUGAGUAAGUUCUUCAGUCAGGAGAUCUGUAUCCUGAAACAGCUAGCUAGACUGCCCUAAUGACUGAGGCAGCCUACAAAUUGAUACCUAAUUUAAUUAUAUAAGGAUAUGGAAACACUGUUAGAGCUACUUUAUUAUUGCCAUCUUUUCUACACACACAUAGGGAAAGAAAUAUAUAUUUUGUGCAAAAAUAUAUCUUAGCACAUUUUUAAAACUGCAGCAAGCAGAAACACACACACACACACACACACACACACACACACACACACACACACAAAGUAAUCAUAGUCAUAAAUAAUGAUUUCUUACUAAAUAGGAGAACUUUUUUUUUCAAAUGAAGCUGAAUUGAACCAGGAGCCUUAGAUUAUGCACAGGCUGAUUACUUGCCUGAAAAAUAAUUUCAGGUUUUAGUUACUCCCUUGAUCAUAUUAACAAAUAAAGACUACAGUGAAUUACUAGGUUAGAAAUAUUAAGGCUUGAUUAUAUGGCUCUGAAUAUAAUAUAUGAUCUGGAUUUAUAAUAUUUAAUUUUAUCAAUCUUUUCCCCCUCAACUAUACUGGUUAGUUGGGUUAGUUGGGUUUUUUAAUAAAAUCAGUGACUACCUCACAUUUUUCUACAUUUUUAGAUAUUUGCACAUCUGGCUGUAAAAUUACAAAGAGGAUAGAUUAAAAACCAUACCUUUUCUGACUAGAACUUUUUGGGAAAGGAUCUUGUGACCCUGCAGAUAUUGCUGAACUACAGCACAGCAAAGGGAAGGGGUUGCUAGGAGUUGCAGUUAAAAAUAUCUUCAGCACCAUAGGCUACUGCCUCAGGUUGCCUCUCGAAACAAACCAUUUGCUGUCUUUAAUUUUACGUAUUUCAUUCAGCACAUUCAAGCAUAAAGAGGGUUAGUGAAUUGGUUUCUAAAAUGGAAUUGAAAAACUAAAAGGUAUGUUAUUCUUUUUCAUUACAAAAUGGGAAUGGCAGGCAAACAUCCUAUGCAGUCCAGUACAUGAUAGAAAUUAAAGUAAUUUUGCUUUAACAUUUCCUUCAGAAAGCAUGUUUCGCUUGUACAUUCGGUGUCCAAAACAGGGUUCCUGAAGCCAGACUGUUGCUUCUUGCAAUAGCAAUAAAGAUUUAAGUAACAAAUUUGUCUAAAAUAAAUACAAGCCAAAAAUUAUAAACUACAUACCUAGUAUUAAUAUCAGAUAAGAAUUUCAUGGCAGGAAGUGCCAGAACAAACAGUUCUAUUCACAGUUGCUUGCCAGAAAUUGUGGGUUAUGUUUUACCCUCCAACAGAAGUGUUUCCCCUUCCCUCUGCCAUUCCCCAUUAAUCCCAAAAAGUUUAUCUGGAAGUUUGGGGACCUUCUGGAUGUUGGAUGGUACCCAUUGACAUUUUAUGAUUUGCAUGGUCACUUGUACAAUGUGAAACGAAGCUAAAUCAGGAACCCUAUGUUAUCCAGAGGCUCAGUCAGUCAAUCUGAUUAAUGACCUGCACCUAUUUUUGGUGGAGAUUAAAGUGGUUACCAUUUGAAGAUUAUGAAUGAAUACAUUUCAAAUGAAUAUUCUGUUGUUUUUCUGAGCACUUGAACUAGUCCAGAUUGAACUUGAGAAUCUUGAAUUAGAAGUAGAUUGUAGGUGUUUCUGGCUUCUCCUAUCUCAUUUCUGAACAUCUCUUGCACCCAGUUUCUGACCUACUUUUCUAUCUUAAAAGCUGUUUAGAAAGGUCACUUGCAAUGGUGGGAUUCAGCUGGUUCACACCGAUUCAGGUUAACCGGUUAUUAAAUUACCCAACCACUGCUAUCAAAAUGGAUCCUGGGUGCUGCUCUGCGCUGCAAUGGAGAAAUGGGCAAUGGAGCAGCCGGUGCAAGGGAAGAAGGCCACUUUCCCUCUUUCUUCUCCCUACUCCUCCUUCCCUUGUGCUGGCCGCUCCAUUGCCCAUUUCUCCAUUGCAGCAGAGCACCCAGGAUCCUCUUUGAUAGUGGGGGGAGGGUAAUUUAACAACUGGUUCACCCAGGGUCAGCUUGGCCAUCUUGCAUGUGCGGUGGAGCUGGGGGAUGGGCUAUGUCUCUCAAGACAGCCAACCUGACCCUUGGUGAAUUGGUUAAAUUAUUUGAAUCCCACUACUGGUCACUUGUCUUUAAAACAAUUUUAAAAGAUUCAUGAACCCACAGAUAAGUAUAUUUCACUCUGAUCCUAUACAAUAUUUUUCAAAAUUAUUUUCACUGUGCCUCUAUGCUCCUGCAUCAAUCAUAAUGGAAGAAGAAUUUUAAGAAAAAGCUGAUAUUUAAAAUGGUAAAAACUGAAAUAUUUUAUGCCUGGCAGGAGUCAACAAAAAGCUAUUCAAAAGUUAUUACCAUGAAAAUAAAUUCACACACCGGUUAAACAAUCCACUGUGAUCUAUUACAUGUUUAAAAUUAUAUAUACCUAGACAGUUAGUAAAAGAAUGUGGUCUCUUGCAGCCUCAUCACAAAAAAGAUGAUAUUUGGGAGGCCCAUCUUCAGUAAAAUAAUAAUCCUUUCCUUUAUUAUUUCCUAUGGAAAAAUAUAAAAUUUAGCCUGUGUACAGAAUGUUAAUGGAGUUAUAUACGUUACCUUCUCUGUUUCAGGUUCAGGAAUUUCUUAUUCAUUUUGCAUUCAUCACAAAAAA